AUUUGUGUUUAUAUAGUAUUUGGAGAAUGCAUAUUAGGAUUAGUGUACAAUCUAGGUAAAAGCUUGGUCAAAUGUGAAAAACAAAUUAAAACGGAGAACAUAUUAGAUCAUAUGAAGAACAUAUAGUCUAUUGUAAUCUACAACAGAUACACCCGAGCGUAUAAUAGGAGAACUCGGCACACGCCAUUCACACGUAAAAAAGGAAAAAAACAAAAGAAGAGAGUAAAACCCAAACUCCAACCAAAGCGCGUAAACCAACAAAAGUAAAGAAAGAGUGGUUUCAAUAUAAGUCACUUUUAUAGCAUAGUUAAAUAAUUGAAAGAGUAAUAUCAUCCAACCUUUUCCUUUUCUAAUUCCCUUCCCUCCCAAUUUUCUCUCUCAUCUUCCCUCCCUUUCCCCUUUCCUUCCCACCAGAUCUCUCUUACUCUUAGCCCUAAUCAGUAGUUCGGCUGUCAAUUUCACUGUUUCACCUGUGCCUUCAAAAUAUCAGAAAUGACUCCAGCACCACCCGGACCCGCAACGGCGGCACCCGGAAACAAUAAUCAGUUCGGCGAUACGACGUACACUAAGGUGUUCGUCGGAGGAUUAGCGUGGGAAACUCAGAAAGAUACUCUCAGAAAUUAUUUUCAUCAGUUUGGUGAUAUCUUGGAAGCUGUCGUCAUUACUGAUAAGGCUACUGCUAGAUCCAAGGGCUAUGGUUUUGUGACUUUCCGAGAGCCCGAAGCUGCAAUGAGAGCAUGCCUUGAUGCAACUCCAGUGAUUGAUGGAAGAAGGGCCAAUUGUAAUCUUGCUUUUUUGGGUGCUCAAAAAUCUAAACCUUCCACUCCUUCCCACCACUCCACUCAUGGAAUAAGCAGGAAUGUGAAGGGAAUGAACAACAACAAUGGUGGUGAGAGUGGGUAUGGAGGAGCAGCCUUUAUUGGAGCAACAGCAUCCACUACCUUUCCUCAUUAUGCCAUCCAACAAGGGAUUCCUUUAGCUCAUUUCUAUGGUAUUCCUCCAUAUUCAUCUGAUUACACUUACCCUGCGGGUUACUAUGGAGUACACGGAGUAGCCAAUCAGUACCAGCUGUAUGGAGCAGCCGGGGCAGCUGUAGGAGGCAUGAUGAACUGCUUCUAUCCUUAUCAACUGCAGUUUGGGGAUCAAGUGAAUACUGCUGGAGGAAAUGCUGCAGCUAAUACCACUUAUGCAACUGCUGCGGCACAGCCCUAUGGUCUCCACUACCCUCAUCAUGGCCUAUUCCCAUUUUCUUCUGCUACCUCUCCUCAGCAGUAUUACAGUCCUCCCAUGUCUUUUGCUGCGGCCACAAACCCUAUGCAAUCAGGCAUGACCAUGGCUCUUCAGGCUCCGAUUCCUCGUUGUUAAUGGGACACGCUGCAACUGGUUUAGCUCGUAUCAGCACAAUCCUUCUGCAUGUUAUAAGCCAUAUUUGGCCCAACCAUGGUUCUCUUUUUUCCUUACUCAUGAACCAUCUCCAUCUCCUGCUAGACUCCCUACUCGUGUAGGCAGUUGGCCGAGGUUGAGAAACAUUUGUUGGUCCCCCAUAGGGAUCACACCCCCC